UAGAAGAAGAAGGCGUAAUUACACCAACCAACUAUUCAGAGUGGACAGCCCCGAUAGUUACAGUGAGACGCUCUAGUGGUAAAAUCAGAAUAUGCGCAGACUAUUCAACAGGCCUCAACGAAAAUGUGGAAGCUCAUUUUCACCCACUACCUCUACCAGAGGAUAUUUUUAUGUGCCUUAAUAAUCGCUAGUUCCUGGAAUAAAGUCAGCACCAGGUGCAUUCCAACAGGCUAUAGAGAAAAUUCUAACAGGCAUUCCAGAAGCCACAGCAUAUUUAGACGACGUUAUCAUUGCAAGUGAGACAAUACAACAGCACCUACAAUCAAUACGGGAUGUUUUAAAUCGUUUUUCAGAAUAUGGCAUGACAGUCAAUUUUGAUAAAUGCGAAUUUAUUCAACCGUAGAUCAAAUACUUGGGCCACAUAGUUAAUUCUAAUGGCAUUAGACCAGAUCCAGACAAAAUUCUAUCAAUCACCAAUUUACCCAGACCUCAAAACGCCAGUGAGCUCAGAUCAUUUCUUGGUUCUAUCAAUUUCUACGGAAAAUUCAUCAGCACAAUAAGAUCUCUAAGAGCACCUAUCGACGAGUUACAACAAAACAAUACUAAAUGGUAUUGGUCUUCAGAGUGUGAGAGUUCAUUUCAAAAGUUUAAGCAGAUUUUAACAUCGGACUUAAUGCUUACUCAUUAUAACCCAAAAUUACCCAUUAUAGUUUCAGCAGAUGCUUCAAUGCAUGGUCUAGGAGCACAAAUUUCACACAUCAUGCCAGAUGGAACGGAAAAGCCAGUUGCACACGCAUCAAGAUCUUUGACGGCAGCGGAAAAGAACUACGGGCAGAUAGAGAAAGAAGCACUAGCAUUAGUGUUUGCAGUAAAAAAUUUCAUCGCAUGGUAUAUGGCAGAAAGUUUUUACUCCGGACUGAUCAUAAACAAUUACUGGCAAUAUUUGGUUCAAGAAAAGGUAUUCCAGUUCAUUCAGCCAGCAGACUUCAGAGAUGGGCACUAACAAUGAUGACAUACAACUUUGAUAUCGAAUACGUCAAAACAGAUGAUUUUGGUAACGUUGAUAUGUUAUCCCGAUUACUACCAUCAAUGCAACCAGAAGAUGAAGAUUUUGUAAUUGCAUGUGCUACUCUUGAAUAUAACAUAAAGUCCAUUUUAAAGGAUAAUCUACAAUCAAUUCCACUUACACAUCAAAUGGUUUUACAAGCAACGGAAAAAGAUGCAACCAUACAAGCAGUUCUUCACCAUAUUCAGUCAUCGUGGCCCAGAAAAUCGAAAGAUCUUUCUAGCAACGAUCUACUACCAUUUUUUAAUCGCCGAUCAUCAUUAUCAGUUGUCGACGGUUGUUUACUAUUUGGUGAACGUAUUGUAAUACCACAAGUAUUUAGGAACAGAGUUCUAAGAAUUCUACAUAAGGGACAUCAAGGUCAAAAACGCAUGAAAUCAAUUGCACGCAGUAAUGUUUAUUGGUCCAACAUUGAUCAACAAAUUGAAGAAUUUGUUCGACUAUGUCCACAUUGUCAAACGAAUACAAAAUCACCAGCAAAGACACCGUUAUGUUCCUGGCCAAUAUCAACCAAACCGCUCUAACGCGUUCAUAUUGAU